GCCCGGUGGAGCCGACCGCACUGCGCCCGGACACCCAGCGCGUCCCCAGCCUCCGCCCCGGAGCGGGGGCGUCAGGCUCGCGCUUGCGCACGGCUGGAGGGGCGCGGGCCCGGACCCCCAGCGAGAGCGUUCGCGGAUCCGGCGAAGGGCAGCGGGCGGGGAUGCGUCCCCAGGCGCCGCGACCCCGCUGAGGAGGAGGAGGUCGGGGACAGAAGCGCGGACCGCCGGUGCUGCGCUGGGCCAUGGCGUUCCUCGCCGGGCCUCGCCUGCUGGACUGGGCCAGCUCGCCGCCACACCUGCAGUUCAAUAAGUUCGUGCUGACCGGCUACCGGCCGGCCAGCAGCGGCUCGGGCUGCCUGCGGAGCCUCUUCUAUCUGCACAACGAGCUGGGCAACAUCUACACGCACGGGCUGGCUCUGCUGGGCUUCCUGGUGCUGGUGCCGAUGACCAUGCCCUGGGGACAGCUGGGCAAGGACGGCUGGCUGGGGGGCACGCACUGUGUGGCCUGCCUGGCACCCCCUGCGGGCUCUGUGCUCUAUCACCUCUUCAUGUGCCACCAAGGGGGCAGCCCAGUGUACGCCCGGCUCCUGGCCCUCGACAUGUGUGGGGUCUGCCUCGUCAACACCCUUGGGGCCCUGCCCAUCAUCCACUGCACCCUGGCCUGCAGGCCCUGGCUGCGCCCGGCUGCCCUGGUGGGCUACACCGUGCUCUCAGGAGUGGCUGGCUGGCGGGCCCUCACUGCCCCCUCCACCACCGCCAGGCUCCGAGCCUUUGGUUGGCAAGCGGGUGCCCGCCUGCUGGUGUUUGGGGCCCGGGGACUGGGGCUGGGCUCAGGAGCCCCGGGCUCCCUGCCCUGCUACCUGCGCAUGGACGCACUGGCACUGCUCGGCGGGCUGGUGAACGUCGCCCGUCUGCCGGAGCGCUGGGGACCUGGGCGCUUUGACUACUGGGGCAACUCACACCAGAUCAUGCACCUGCUCAGUGUGGGCUCCAUCCUCCAGCUGCACGCUGGGGUGGUACCCGACCUGCUCUGGGCCGCCCGCCACGCCUGUCCACCGGACUGAGCGGCCUGCCCCCCUCCUGCUGGUCGCCAAGGGACAGACUUCCUGCUGGGAGCAGCCCUCUCCUCUGUGGACUGACCGAGUCCCCUCCCCCUGCCCUAAGCUCCAGCUUCCACUCCCUGCCUUCCUCCCAGUACUGUUCACUGUUAGCUGCAAAGAACCACUUCCCUUUUGGGCCGUUUGCCCUCUGACCUGUGAGGGCUGGACCAGAGGGACUCUGACAGCUGGAGUCCCGCCAGCCUGCAGCCAUCACCCCCCCUGACCCUCCCAAGGCCGCCCCUCCAGCCCCACUUCCUGACUCCCACCUGUCUGCCCUGCAUGUGGGCCUCCCGGGUAGCCAGCAGCUGCCUGGCCCCACCUCCAUUCUGUCCAGGCUACAGCGCGAGGGUCUGGGGCAGCAGGGCCAGCCCCUGCGUCCAGUACAGGUGGGCACUGGCCUUCUGUCCAGUAGGCAGGGUGGUUCAGGGGUUAACGCUGCUGCUCUUUUGAGGCAGGUGCCACCCAUGUGGAAUGGAGUGGCCAGGGCCAGGCCCCAAGGGGCUAAGGACCUGCCUCUGUCUUGAGUGCCAUGCGGACAGCACAGCCUGCCCACUGGGGACACGCCCACCCAAGACAUCUAUCCCCCCCUGCAGGGCGGCUCCCGUCUGCAGGCUGGAGGCCUGAGGCCCCGGGUUCUGCAGCAGGGUCAGCCUCAGAUCCCCUCCCAGGAGCCAGAGACCCUGGGCGUCAACCACAAAGGGACAGGUGGUGCUGUGUGGCCAUGCCAGUGAGCUUGGGUACUCCCAAGGUUCAAAUACCUUUUAUUACACAUGGCCAGGCAGAGGCCCCAGAGGGACCCCACUUUCCAGGGAACGAGAGAAAAGGGAACAGGAGGUUAAAAGCAGCUAUGUGGGGCCCGAGGCCCAGGUUGGGUCUAGUGAGUCCUCAAACAGGCUGAGGAGGUUCCGAGGCUCAAAGGAGGGGAAGGAACCCCGAGGUGGCUCUGAGUCGAUGUCACUGAGGUCCAGGGCAUCCCUGGGGGAGAGAAGAGAGAGAUGAUACUCGGAACCCCCAAGCCAGCCCCGCCCAGGCCCCUGCCCCUGGGCCUGCUCACCUGGGUGGGUAUCUGCUCCGGGGAGUGGAGGUACUGCCAGUAGCCCGAGCCAGGGUGGCCUCUGGGGAGAGCGUGGCCCUGCAGGAAGGGGCAAGACAAACAGUGUUGAAGGCUGGGGAGUGCAGGAUAGAGCAGCUCUGGAGCAGCUCUGCCCCUAGGGAGGGCCUGGGAGCCCACCGUCCAGAGCGGCAGCAAGCCACAACCAGGAAAUAAAACAUGGUGCACUCUG